UCAAAACUCAUGAAAAAAAAACAUGCAGAGAGCGCCACAAUUUUCAUGCAAAAGCAAGGUUAGUAGGCUGGCCAUGCCUUUCUUCGGUCUUCCCCUUGUGCUGCUACUCACCAUGGCUUCUCCUGCAACUUCAUGCAAUGAGAAGGAGAAGAGCUCCCUUCUAGAGUUUAUUGCUGAGCUAUCAUCACAUGAUGGUGGUGUUACCACGUCCUGGCGGAAUGGCACAGACUGCUGCAAGUGGGAAGGCAUCACUUGCAAUGGACGCGGAGCAGUUAUGGAGGUGUCUCUAGCAUCUAGAAGCCUAGAAGGAAGCAUCUCCCCGUCCCUUGGCAAGCUCACCAGCUUGUUGCGCCUCAACCUCUCAUACAACUCGCUCUCUGGUAACCUGCCAUCAGAACUAUUGUCAUCUGGCAGCAUCACUGUACUCGAUGUGAGCUUCAACAGCCUCAACGGGGAUCUGCAUGAACCUCAUCCUUCAAUCACUGAGCAGCCGUUGCAAGCACUCAACAUCUCAAGCAACUUGUUUACAGGAGAAUUUCCAUCUACAAUGUGGGAGAAAACAAGAAAUUUGAUUUCCAUCAAUGCGAGCAACAAUAGCUUCCAAGGAUGGAUACCAUCUUCUUUUUGCAUCAGCUCAACAUCUGUUGCGGUGCUUGACCUUUCAUUCAACCAAUUCAGUGGCAGCAUCCCUGCUGAUAUGGGUAAAUGCUCUGCACUUAGAGUACUCAAGGCUGGCCACAACCACCUCAGUGGGCUCCUCCCAGAUGAGCUCUUCAAUGCUACACUGUUAGAGUACCUCUCUUUCCCAAACAAUGGUUUGCAGGGAUUACUUGAUGGUGCACAAAUAAUGAAGCUCAGAAAUCUAGUUAACCUUGAUCUUGGAGUCAAUAGGCUAAAUGGCAAGAUUCCGGAAACUAUAGGCCAGCUCAAGAGACUGGAGGGGCUCCAUUUGAACAAUAACAACAUGUUUGGGGAGCUGCCAUCAGCUCUGAGCAAUUGCACAAAUAUCAUAACGAUUGACCUCAAGGGUAACAAUUUCAGCGGAGAGCUUCACAAAGUCAACUUCUUCAACCUGCUCAAUCUAAAAGCAUUAGAUCUUCUGUACAACAACUUCACUGGCACAAUUCCAGAAAGCAUCUACUCAUGCAGCAACCUGAUGGCAUUGCGGCUAUCUAGCAACAAGUUGCAUGGGCAGCUAUCACCAAGAAUAGGCAAUUUGAAAUCUCUUGUUUUCCUGUCACUUGGUGCCAACAACUUCACAAAUAUCACAAAUACGCUUCAGAUCCUCAAGAACUGUGGGAAUCUCACUUCCCUACUUAUUGGAUCCAGCUUCAAGGGUGAGGCCAUACCACAAGAUGAAACGAUUGAUGGUUUUCAGAAUCUUCGGGUUCUUUCCAUACCUGAUUGCUCGUUGUCCGGGAAAAUACCUCUUUGGCUGUCAAAGCUCAAAAAUCUGGAGAUCUUAUUUUUGAACAGGAAUCGGCUCACUGGAACAAUUCCAGACUGGAUCAGAAACUUAAAUUCACUUUUCCUUCUGGACCUAGCAUCUAAUAACCUUACAGGGGAGUUACCGAUGGCCUUAAUGGAAAUGCCAAUGCUAAGGACAGAAAAGGCUGCAACCCAUUUGGAUACAAGGGUGUUUGAGCUACCUCUUUAUUUCGCUCACACAUUUCAAUACCGGAUAGCUACUACUUUCAUGAAAACACUGGAUCUUAGUCACAAUAACUUAACGGGUGCGAUUCCCCAGGAGUUUGUUCAGUUGAAAUCACUUGAGAAGCUCAAUUUGAGUUUCAACGGCUUGUCAGGAGAGAUUUCGCAGCAACUCAGCAAGCUGACAAAUCUGCAAAUUUUAGACUUGUCUAGCAACCAUCUCACAGGUGCAAUCCCAUCCGCACUGAACAACCUGCACUUCCUCUCUCAAUUCAAUGUUUCUCAUAAUGACCUGGAAGGACCUAUUCCGAAUGGAGGUCAGCUUAGUACAUUUCCAAGUUCUAGCUUUGAUGGUAACCCGAAGUUGUGUGGGAUUAUGGUUGCUAAACUCUGUGGCUCAGCUGAAGCACCUCCAGUCUCUGUUCCCUCCACAGAACAAACGGUCAGAAGGGUUGCCUUUGUGUUUUCUUUUGGGGCUUUCAUUGCUGUAGGGGUGAUAUAUGAUCAAAUAGUCUUGUCAAGGUAUUUCGGUUAGUCUCAGUUUACAUGUGAGAUUAUGAUGGCUUUAGUGCUAAUUAUCUCCUGCUCAGGUUCAGCGAUAUCGAUUAUGGAGUUGUAAACCAUAUUUGACUCAUUUUUCAUGUCUACAAAAAGGGUAACUGGAGGGGAUUUAUAGGCCAGGACAGAGUAAACCAUUUGGUGCAAAUGCAAAAGAAUGCAGCCAUGUAAGCUGAUCUGAAUGGAAGCAGUCUAAAUUUGUCAAGAAAAUAAGAGAUCUCUCCCGUUUGAUUUCUGUGUCGCUAUAAUUUAAUCAUUCAAUUUUGUUGCUGUACAAUAACACUACACAAUUAAAUCAUGAUACAUUUUCGCGCACACGAUUAUACAAUAUAAAUGCAAGCAGAGCCAGCAACCCAAAUCUCUGUGCGACAACGACAAGGGCGGUCAAUCAAAAAGACGUAGGGCAAUCCAAAAUUUCGAGCAACAAGACGCGGUUAUGCGCCUCCGAUUUUUUCCCCCCCGCCAAACAAGGUUUAUGCA